GCAGCAACGGUGGCCGACGAGGCUCCUUCCUCUCCUACCGUCUAGAUGCGCUGAUUCACAACCGACGCAUCCCACUUUUAGGCGACCGAGCCGUUCUGGAUGCGUGACGCCACCUUCGAGCUCAAGUGACGGUCUGACCAGCGGCUUUCCGCCAUAGACGGGGUCACCGGCCUUUCGCCCCCUCCGCCGCUCAGAUCCUGCUUCCCGAUGUCAGAGUCGGGACAUAGCCAGCCGGGGCUGUACGAGCGCCGCCGCCGCUGGAACCGCGAUAAGGAACUGGGUCACCAGAGCCUCUCCGGGCCAGGCCGGGACCGCGACUAUGUCCCCUGGGACCGGGACCGAGAGCGGCGGGACCCCGUGGAGGAGCCAAUGGGAUCCAUGAUGCAGAAGACCCCAAUCAUCCUGGCCAAGCCGCCUGCAGAGAGGUCCAAGGGAGCCCCGCCUCCUGCUCCCGCCCCAGCGCCUGCUGCCGCCCCGCCCAUCGAGAAGCCCAUCGUGCUGAUGAAGUCCCGGGAGGAGGGCAAAGCCCCCGCGGGAGCAACGGAGACGUCCGCCCAGCUUCCCGCGGCUGUCGCCAAGGUAGAGAAGGAGGGUCAGCGCCCCACACAACCGGUCUAUCAGAUCCAGAACAGGGGCAUGGGCUCGACCGCAUCCAGUGGCGUUAUGGACCCUGUGGUUGGUCAGGCGAAGCUCCUAGCCCCGGAGAAGAUGAAACACAGCAUCAAACUGGUGGACGACCAAAUGAACUGGUGCGACAGUGCCAUCGAGUACCUCCUGGACCAAACGGACGUGCUGGUGGUCGGCGUUCUGGGAUUGCAGGGUACUGGCAAAUCCAUGGUGAUGUCACUGUUAUCGGCCAAUCAACCUGAAGAGGACCAGAGAACCUACGUGUUCCGCACUCAGAGCCAAGAGAUCAAGGAGCGCGGGGGCAACCAGACCAGCGGCAUUGACUUCUUCAUCACUCAGGAGCGGAUCAUCUUCCUGGACACUCAGCCGAUCCUCAGCCCCUCCAUCCUCGACCAUCUCAUCAACAACGACCGCAAGCUGCCUCCCGAGUAUAACCUGCCCCACACCUAUGUUGAGAUGCAGUCCCUCCAGAUCGCCGCUUUCCUGUUCACCGUCUGCCACGUGGUCAUUGUGGUGCAGGACUGGUUCACGGAUCUGAGCCUGUACAGGUUCCUGCAAACGGCUGAGAUGGUGAAACCUUCCACUCCGUCCCCCAGCCACGAAUCCAGCAGCUCCUCCGGCUCAGACGAGGGCACGGAGUACUACCCGCACAUCGUCUUUCUCCAGAACAAAGCCAAGAGGGAGAACUUCUGUCCCCGGAACCUGAAGCAGAUGCACCUUGUGGUCGAUAAGAUCAUGAUGCACUCCCACCUGAAAUACAAGGGCACCCUUUCCAUGCUGGACUGCAACAUCUUCCCCGGCCUGCCCCCGAGUUACCUGGACACGGAGGUCAACCUGUUCUUGCUGCCUUCCACGGACACGGAUGCAGACGACGCCUUGCCCAGAGCAGCCCCUAGCAGUGGCCCGCUCUUCUCCCUCCUGCCCGGCUACAAGGGGCACCCCAGUUUCCCAUCUCUGAUCGCCAAGCUCCGGAGCCAGAUCAUGUCCAUGUCUCGGCCUCAGCUCUCCCACACCAUCCUGACGGAGAAAAACUGGUUCCACUACGCGGCACGCAUCUGGGACGGUGUGAAGAAGUCCUCCGCCCUUGCAGAGUACAGCCGCCUGCUGGCGUGAGUGUGGCGCCUUCAUGCCAGAGCCAGACUCCUCCCGUCUCAAGUGGGGCGAGCCGGAGUCCCUGUUCCCGCCGUACAGGGGCACGACGUGGGGUGCGGAACACAGUGGGGAGCCUACAGGCUGGGCCGUCACGCCUCCUACAGUGGUGCCAUAUGUGACCAAGGAGCGGACAGCGACCAGGAGCGGAAGACCCAGUGUUGUUUCUGUGCCAGGCCGUCGUCCUGCCUGCCCACCCAGUGCGGAUCGUGUCUCCAGUUGCCAUUUUGGGGCUCUCGUUUCCAUCUGCACAUCUGGAGGGAAGAGCUAUUCUGUUGAGCUGCCGCCCCUUCUGGAAAUGGGAAGCCCUUCAGUCAGGGUGGGGGUUCCGUCCAGACCAGCUGCCCCCUCCGAGUCUUGCAGGCACAGGGAGACCCCUCUGUAUUAGCUUUGGUGGGUCAAAGGUCAGCGGGGAGUUAACUUUGUAGCUCGGAGGGGGCUGCUCUCAGAUGCUUCUUUCCCUGACCGAUCCCCCUGCUCCCAUUCAGUGUUUUUCGUGCAUCCUUCCAGCACAAAGGAAGGAUAUUUAAGACUCCCCCUCCCGUUUGCUACAUCCCGCGUCUCUUUCCUAGAGCCGUUCCGGGAGUCCUCAUCGUCCUUCUGCUGCAAAGUGAAUCAGUCACUCCCUUUUGUGCAUAU